UUCGUUUGAGCAGAACGCAAGUAGCUCUCUUACUACAGUAAACCAAGAAAAAUGGCAUUCAAGUUAAUCGCCCUCUCAGCUCUCCUGGCGAUAGCUCAUGCUGGCAACCCAGCCGCAUACGACAUCGCCACGGCAUCGGCCGAUCUUAGUAGCAUAGGCUACAGCCAGGAAUCUACGCAGAAGGGUUAUGCAGGACAGAACGUCGUGUCGAGUUAUUCGAGGGCCGAAGACUCCGCACAUUCUUCGGUACGCGUCAGCAACAGCCAUGUUACCAAUGAUGCUUUGACUUACGCAGCAGCACCAGCAGCAGUGAUCGCUAAGCCAGCUUAUACCGCGGCUACUUAUGCUGCUCCUGUAGUGACCAAAGCUGCACUCGCACCAGCGACUUAUACGACUUAUACCUCGCACGCUGCACCAGCGACUUACACGACUUACGCCGCACAUGCUACUCCAGUAUUGGCUAAGACAGCUUAUGCUGCUGCUCCAGCCUACAGUUAUGCCGCACAUGCUGCCCCAAUCUUGGCUAAGACAGCUUAUGCUGCUGCUCCAGUGUUGACUUCGCAGCUCCAUGCUACAGCUCCAGUCUACAGCUACGCCGCUCACUCUGCUCCUGUUGUCACCAAAACUGCCUACGGCACCUCUGCCUACGGAUACGCUUCACCACUCCUAGCCAAAACUACCUAUGCAGCUGCUCCUCUUGUUACGAAAGCAGCCGUAGCUGCCCCAGCUGUAGUCGCUAAGGCUGCUUAUGCCGCCCCAGCAUACGCAGCAACCACUUACGGAUACGCCGCACACGCUACUCCAGUCCUUGCCAAGGCCACUUACUCUGCCCCCGUUGCUCACGUUGCCGCUACCCCUGUUCUCGCCAAAACCGCUCAUGUUGAACCUACUUACGGUUAUGCCGCUGAAUACGCCGCCCCCGUCGUACACGCCACCUUCUCUGGAUUUGGCACCAGCUAUGCUUGGUAAAUCGUGAUUAGCUCGACUUCUUCUUGGCCUAACGACUUUCCUUCUUAUUCUUCUUAUUCUUCUUACUUCUCCUAUUUCAUCUUUCUUUCAUCAUACAUUACCGUGUAGACCUGAAAAAUACUCCAUUUUUGACCACUGUGUUAUUUGGAAUAAGGUUACUUGAUAAUGAGAGAUGAUAUCGGUUUUAAACUUUCAACCGAUAUGUACAUACCUUUUUGUUAGAUCUCUCUCGUUUCUUCGUUUGGUAUCCUUCUUAUUUUCAAAUUUACCGUGUAAUUGUAAUCGACUUUAUGACGUUAUCGUAUCGUAAUGUCGUCGUUGUUUAAUGGACGCGUACCAAAUCUGUAGUAGGAGUAGUGCAUAAGUAUUUAUAUUUAUGUUACCCUAAAUGCUAUGACUUUUCCGUGUCUUCGCCAAUUCAAUCCGAUUCGACACGAAUAUUUACUUAUUCGAUAGUGAGUAAGAACGAUCUUUUCGAUAUACUUAUCUCCAUAAUGUGAGAAAAUAAAUUUUGCACCUGCGAUAAUA